UCAAUUUCACUCUUUGCAUAUCAGAAUCUCUGCUGCAGCACGGCCACAAUAAAGGUCAUUGUCAGUGAUUACGUGUUACCAGCACCAGCACCUCGAAGAACACACUCUGUUGUUGUCCUUUUCUUCUGAAGUAUGAAAAGAAUCAAGCACAAACCUUUGAGUAAGACAGAGAAAUCAACAAAAAUGAGUCAACUCAAACACUUUUUCCUGAACCAUGGAGAAAUGUACCUUGGGGGUGAGUAAAAAACAACAGUCUGGACUAUGAGGAACUAUACUUUUACCCAAAAUCACAAACCAACAUUCAAUUGCAUGAAUUCAGAAAGGAAGACCUGCAGGAAGUUAAGAAACAACUAAAUGAAAUGGAAAUACCCCAUCUCAGAGUGCUGGUCUAUGGCCCUGUUGGUUCUGGAAAGUCCAGUUUUAUUAACUCUGUCAGCAGCGUCUUCAGAAAGAGAAUCUGCUCACCAUCUUUGGUCAAUGCAAACAACGAUGAAAACAGCUUCACUAAAAAACAUAAAUCAACUGGGAUCCACAUAGACGACAGAAAAAACUCUCCCUCCCUUCUCUUCAGUGACAUCAUGGGUCUGGAGGAUGGGACCAAAAGAGGAGUCAGUGUAGAAGACGUGAAACUGAUUCUGGAAGGACACAUGAAGGAUGAUUACAAGUUCAAUCCUGUUUCUCCACUGUCCACUGAUGAUCCACACUACAACCCUGCACCAUCUAAAGAAGACAAAGUUCAUGUUCUGGUUUGGGUCUGUUCCGCAAAUGCAACAGAAAUUAAUGUUUCAGUUGUAAAAAAGAUGAAAAACAUCAGAGAGACAGCCAGUGAAAUGGGUAUUCCUCAGUUCGCAGUUCUCACCAAAAUCGACGAGGCUUGUGCUGAAACUGAAAAAGAUCUGAAGAACGUCUACAGGAGCAAGUAUGUGAAACAAAAGAUGACAAAUUUCAGCACAACUUUGGGCAUCCCACUGAACUGCAUCUUCCCUGUGAAGAACUACAGUGAUGAGAUUGAGUUGGACAAUGAUGUCGACUGUUUGAUCCUGAGCAUUGUGAAAAAGAUUAUCCACUUUGGGAAUGACUUUGUUAAUGAGACUGUACAAGAACAAAAUACAGAGUAACUCUCCCUUAGGAAAUCUUUCUCUUUAACUACCUGGUUUUAUUAGUAAUGUAGCGUCCUGGUCUUCUGUAACAGAACACUUACAUGAAUCAGUUUGAGUUUAUCAAAGUUUCCAUUAUUACCAUAUGUUCAAGGAAACUGGAACUGUUAUCUUAAUAACAUAUCAUUUAUUUCCAGUUAAUUAAAAUUAAGUAAUUUGGUUUUUAAAACAUGCAUUUUCCUUAUUAUAUACAAUAAUACAAUAGCGUCCUUAAGUUUUGGGUCACCCAGACAAUUUUGUGUUUUCCAUGAAAAGUAACACUUUUAUUUACAAUAUUACUACUACUACUUUACUACUGUAAAAUAAAUAAAAUUAAAAAAAUA